AUGUCGGCAACAGUCGAAAAUCAUUCCACACCUCCUGUACCCACAGACGUAAAUGCGCUGCAGGACAAACUCAAGACUCUCACAGAAUUUAGUGCCCGUUUACGGGCCCUUCGCCAGAUUCCUGCGGUCCUCGUACGCCCACCGGGCGCUGGUAGCAUACAUACAGUGGCCCCAUCACCUCCUUUGCAACAUGAAUUCCAAGUCUUGAAUGAAGUAUCGGGAACGCUUCUGUCACAGCCUGUUCAGGAAGCUUUGGCGGCUGCGCGGGACAGCGAGCAGAAGGACAAGAGCGAUAUCAACUCAACUGUGCGGCGGGAGACACAGAAACGCAAACGUCCACCAUCUCCAGAAUCUCCGCAGCCUUACCGUCCUUUCGAGCCGAAGAGCUCCUCGUCGUUUCCGGAGAUUGAUCAAGGGCUUCCGCCAGUUCGGCUGGGCACACUCCCUGGGUUUAUACGGGAGUACAAUGGGGCCGAUCACGCCGUCAAAAUGCACGUAUACUCGCCCUCGCGGAAUCGACCACUUGCGUGUCCGGUCGUCCUGCGCUGCAUGAUCAGGGACGUGGUCACCGUGUUCCUGACGCUGGGUGAAUCUGCUACUGGCGCGCCGUUAGAUGUUGAAUGCGCUACAGCAUUUGGCCCACGUGAACAGGAACCGUCGCAUUCACAAUCCCAAUACCUCGUAUAUCAAAAUUUGUCCCAGCAGAUCGCGAAAAUGAUACAGUCACAACCACAAACUUCUCUCCGCGCAGUUCUGAACCUAUUAUGCUCAUACGAGGAGCUCUUCGUGCAACGGUGCGCGGUUUGUGAUCGCAUCCUGUCCGUCGAAGCGUACGUACCGCCCGUCGGCCGUGUGUGGACGAAGAUGGGCGACGGCGCGUUCGGCUGGGAGGCCCGACACGCUACCUGCCUGCAGCGGUGA